UGGAAUUGCCCAAGUGUCAGUAGCUCGAGAUGUUUGAGCGUAGAUACACACAAGGAAGACAUUCCCAGGGCGUUGCUAAUGCCCACAGCAUUUCAGUAUCGAUGCGAAAGCUUUGCUACCCCGCAAGUUAAUAGGUCUGAUGCGGAGCCGGAAUCCUUUUCCAUGGUUCUCCGCCAGUCAACGGCCAGUGGUUGUAAGCCGAAUAGAAGCCGGUCAAUAAUGGAACAAACCACAGGGGCAGAGGUCAAGAUAUAUAUGCGCUUCCAUUGUCGAUACACACUAUUGAACCUGUCCUUUCUCACUUUACACCGUUCAUAAUACUGAGUUGAACGAUAAGCGGCCAUGUCGUACCAACUUCUAGGCUUUGCUGUGAUUGCGGCCAUAUGUGCCUUGAUCAAAUUCUUCAACGCGACUGAUGUCCCUAAGAUUCAGGGACUACCUGAAAUACCAGGUGUACCUAUCUUCGGCAACUUGAUACAACUUGGAACAGAUCACGCCCGUGUAACAGCAAGAUGGGCGAAAAAGUACGGACCAGUCUUCCAAACACGAUUGGGGACCAAGAGAAUCAUCUUCGUCAACUCUUAUGACAGUGUCAAGCAUUUCUGGAUCACCCACCAGUCAGCACUCAUUUCGCGGCCAACUUUUCACACUUUCCACUCUGUCGUCUCCUCCUCCCAGGGUUUCACAAUCGGUACCUCGCCAUGGGAUGAAUCUUGCAAGCGUCGGAGAAAGGCAGCCGGUACUGCCUUGAACAGACCUGCAGUUCAGUCCUACAUGCCCAUCCUCGACCUAGAGUCCAUGGCUAGUAUCAAGGAACUCCUGCUCGAUUCCAAAAAGGGCACAGUGGACCUGGACCCUACACCUUAUUUUGCCCGAUUUGCGCUGAACACAUCUCUCACCCUCAACUACGGUUUCCGGAUCGACGGCAAUGUCCAGAGCGAACUUUUAAAGGAGAUUACCCAUGUCGAGCGCGAGAUCUCCAACUUUAGAUCGACCAGCAACAAUUGGCAAGACUACGUUCCCCUGCUACGGCUGUGGGGAAAGCAGAACGCCGGUGCUCAGGAGUAUCGUGAGCGCCGAGACAGAUACCUAACGAAAAUGUUGAAGGACCUGCAACAGCGCAUUGCCGACGGAACUGACAAACCAUGUAUCACGGGAAACAUAUUGAAGGACCCCGAGGCUAAACUGAACGAGGCCGAAUUGAAAUCUAUCUGCUUAACUAUGGUCUCUGCUGGUCUUGAUACCGUGCCGGGAAACCUUAUCAUGGGCUUGGCGUACUUAUCUACUGCCGAUGGUCAAGAUAUCCAGGCAAGAGCUCUGAAAGAAAUCGAAGAAGUAUAUCCCAAUGGAGAUGCCUGGGAGAAAUGUUUGGUGGAAGAGAAAGUGCCAUAUGUCACAGCUCUGGUCAAGGAGACCCUAAGGUUCUGGACUGUGAUUCCAAUUUGUCUUCCACGCACUAGCAUCAAAGACAUCCCUUACAAAGGCACGGUGAUUCCUGCAGGAUCAACUUUUUUCAUGAAUGCUUGGGCUGCAGACUAUGACGAUCAGCGCUUCAAGGAGCCCGGUAAAUUCAUCGUGGAGAGAUUCAUUGACGACACCGAGGCCGGUACUCCUCAUUACGGAUACGGCGCCGGCUCUCGCAUGUGCGCUGGCUCCCACCUUGCCAAUCGGGAGCUGUACACUGCCUACAUCCGUCUGAUCACGGCUUUCAAGAUCCUGCCUGCGAGAAACCGGGCCGAUGCCCCGAUCAUUGAUGCGAUCGAAUGUAACAGUAUCCCGACAGGAUUGACGACUGAGCCUAAGCCGUUCAAGAUUGGCUUGGAGGCACGCGACGAAAUGAAGCUUCGGCAUUGGGUGGCCGCUGCGGAGGAAAGGACGAAAGAUUUGUAACCAGACUACAUAUUCAUUUGUAAUUGAGUUGCUCUGUAUAUACAAUUUCAAAGUAUGAAAGAUUUCAGACUAUUACUCGACUAAACAUAUUUUAUUAAUUGUCGUGCCAUGAAUCACGUUGACCCGCGGCGAUUGGC